CUCUACAAACCAUGUCUCCGCCGCAAGUCCUCCAACAACAAGACAUCAUCUUCUCUCCUGCCUCCCAGGUCCUCAAGCAAGCGCUCUCCGACCUCAAGCGGUCGAAUCUUACUAUUCACAAUCGCCUACAAUCCAUUUAUCAAGACUCCAAAUUUGUGGUCUCCGUAUCCGAAGCUUACAAUGAUGCCCCACUCAUAGCGAACGAGCGCUGCGGGAGCUGGUAUAUUCCGCCAGACCGGAAACGAGGGAGCGUGUACUUCAAAAGUACAGACGGGCACUUUGGGCAGUGGGCAUUCAGUCUGAGAAGACUGAAUUUCACACUGUUUGAUUAUUUGCAAAGUUCUGCAGAUGACGCCCAGCGUGCUCACGGCUACAAUGCUGAGGACAAUCGAAGUAGUGGGGCGACCGAGGCGAGAGGAGGUUGUGUGGUCAUAAUUGACUCCACACGAAGAGGCAAAAGUAUGUCGGAUGCCAUGAGUAAGACUGUGCCGCUCUGGGCUUGUGUCUGGAAUCGUAUACUGUUCCCCGACCACAGAAAUGGAGAAGACCUGGAGUUGCACACGCCGAGUGACGUUGUGAGCGAGAGUGAGCAUGCACAGAUUGAGAGCCGUGUGCAAGGCUGGGUGGAAGACGCCAAGCGUUUGGCUCUCGAUCUGGAAGGGCUGAGGAACAAAUUGAACGGAAGACCGAUAAGACUUUCCUGGCAAAGACCUGGAGACGAGAUGCCCAAUCAAGAAGAUCUGAGCAGAGCAAGGGAAGCGAAUUUGAUCGUACUUUGCACGGCGUCAAACCAAACAAGUAACGAGACCUCUGCGACAUCCGAUUACGUCCAAGGCGCAGCAGAUGAUCCCGAAAGUUGGUCCUUGGGACUGAACGCUACAAUGUUCUGGAGAUGUAGGGAACAGUUGAUCGCAGCCUCGGAAGAUGAGUUGCCACAGCUUAUUGGCGAGAUCGUGGCCGACGCUCGGAAGGACAUCGACAGAGCAGCCCCUAGGCCCAUCAGGCCAACUUGUAACCUCUACGUCGGGACGAAUACAGCUGCUGAAGUAAUAAGACCGGGCGACUUCGAUUUCGUGAUCUCAUGCACGACUAAGCCAGAUGAAUCCCUGGUCAAGGCAAUGAAAGACCGAUACAUUGUCCUUAGCUUACCAGAAGGUAAGAAUGGCAGCCGAAUGCUUCGUACGGAGCUGCUCAAGCUGGAAAUGCUCUUGUCAACACUGGACAGCAACACGAAAGUACUGGUCACUUGCCAUACCGGCAAGGAUCUUUCUGUGGGGGUGGCUCUCGCACUGCUGUGCAAGUGCUUCGACGACAGCGGGCUCUUCAAGCAAAGUUCGGACAAAAUUUCAGUGAACAAGAACUUGAUUAAGCAAAGAUUGAGCUGGAUUGUGAUCUCUAUUCCAGAUGCGAGUCCCAGUCGGGCAACUCUGCAAAGCGUCAACUCCUGGCUAAUGGGAUGA